CGCUGUGAUACACGCAUCGCAUGCCUCCCUCUCCCCCCUCAGCCCAGGCUCUGCUCUUCAGGCUGCAAUUAGGAGAGGAGAGGGACUAUAACAGGAAACGUGACCAGGGGAACUGGGCUGAUCUCUGUGGCCACUGUGCUGGCCUGGAAGUUCUUAGUGCUCCCCUCUGAGAAGAGAAUCUGACAGGUCCACAGCCAACAGCUAACAUUACUAAUGCUCUUUCACCCAGGAUCUACCUGUGACUUAUACCUGCCUCAUACGCAUUGGACGAGCUAAAAAGCAGGAGUUCAGAAAAUUUUUAAUCUUUGAUGAUGAGACAGUCUGCAUGGAGGCAGAUGACGGCACCAGAGCUGUGGAUGGGUCUCUUUGCCUUGGCCCUGACCCUCAGUCUAACCAUGGCUGAACAUAUGGAUCAGAGGCCAGCACUCCAAACCAGCCCAGUUCUCCACAGGCACAAGAGAGAGUGGUUGUGGAACAACCUUUACGUGGAGGAGGAAAGGCCAACCUACUUCCAAUACUAUCUUGGAAAGUUAAAGUCAACAAAGUCUGGUGACAGGACACACUAUGUCAUUGAGGGAGAAGGUGCCAACACAAUCUUCAAAGUGGAUGAAAAAGGAGACAUCUUUGUCACUGAACGAUUGGAUCGAGAGGUGAAAAGCAAAUACCAUCUAAGUGCAAAGCUGGUUGAUACCAGCAACAAAUUGGUGGAGAAAGUGGAAGACUUUGUGAUCCUGGUUACUGACAUCAAUGACAAUGAUCCAGUGUUUACUAAAUCGUUCAACGCUUCUAUCAAAGAGAGAUCCAAAAGAGGAACUAAAGUGAUAGAAGUCACAGCCACUGAUGCAGAUGAUCCAACGACUGCAAAUGGAGAACUUGAUUACAAAUUAUUAGAGGGGGGAGAUUUCUUCAAUAUAGACAGCACAACAGGGAUUAUCACCACCAAAUAUGAGAACCUGGACCGUGAGACCCAGAGUAGCUAUGUGGUUGUGGUUCAAGCCCAGGAUCUGAGAGGACUUAAACAAGGGGGCACCGCCACCACCUCUGUCAGCAUCGCAGUCAGCGACAUCAAUGAUAACAUAGCCACAUUUACCAAAAGUUCCUAUGUAUUUAGAGUGAAAGAGGACAUGAAGCGGGGACAGAGAAUAGACACCAUGGUCCUGGAGGACAGAGAUGAGAUCCAGAAUAAAGACCCCAUCUUCACCAUAGCACCUUCAUCUGACAUUUUUGAAAUGGAGCGCAGUCAGAUCAAAGACGGCAACCUCAUGCUGAAAAAGGGACUGGAUUAUGAAACCAAGAGCAGCUACACAUUCUUUGUGCAUGUGAGGGAGAACCACUUGCAGUCCCCUGCGGAUAAUAAGGACAAUCCUUUGAUCAAGGCCCAGGUGACCAUCCAGGUGCUAGAUGUUGAUGAGCAGCCAGAAUUCAGCAAGAGCAUCUACAACUUUAAUGUCAUUGAGGAAAUGAUGGUCAAUAAUAUUGGAGUCAUUUCAGCCAGAGAUCCUGAUCAAGCCAAAAAGGCCAUACGGUAUUCCAUUGAGGACAAGGACAGUCCCAUUGGUAUCAACCCCAUAACUGGACAACUUUUCACAGUGAGGAAGCUGGAUCGGGAGUUAGUAGCCAAUCACAUGUUCCAGGUUAAAGCUAAGGAGGAACCAAAUGGACUGGAAUCUUUUGUGAACGUCAACAUACUGGUCAUUGAUAUCAAUGACAACAAACCAGAGCUGUCCAUUGAGGAGAUAUUCGUUUGUGAAAAUGAUAUGGCUGGAACGGUGAUUGGGACCAUAAGUGCCACAGACAAAGAUGAUCAUUUGCCCGCAUUCAGCUUCACGUUGGUGAAGCCGAACGGCAACUUUUCAGUCAUCGAUAACAACGACAACACAUCUAACAUAGUGCUGAAACAUGGAGGCUUCAGCCUGGAGGACUCCAGGGAUUAUGUAAUAGAAAUUGGGAUCAGCGAUGGAGGCAGGCCUCCCAUGAACAGCAUCACCUCUCUGCCUAUCAAAGUGUGCAGGUGUGACAACAAGAGGAUCCACACCCAGUGCAAAGCAGCCCAACUCAAAAUGGGUGUCAGUGUCCACGCCCUUAUUGUUAUACUGGUGUGCAUCCUGACUAUUCUGGUCGUAGUGAUCCUGAUCGCUAUGAGAAAACGUCACCAGAAGGAUGCCCUGGUCACUCUGGGUAAGAGUGAGAUCCACGAGCAGCUAGUGACGUACGACGAGGAGGGCGGUGGGGAGAUGGACACCAAUGGCUAUGACGUGUCCAUCCUGACCUCAGCUCGGAAUGACGGCAGCAUGAGCAUGAGGCAGGGCCCCAGCCUUUACGCCAUGGUGAAGAAACCGCCAACCGCGUGCAAGGGAGACAUGGCCGUGAUGAUCGAGGUGAAGAAAGACGAGGCUGACCAUGACAGGGAUGAGAUCCCCUACGAUACCCUGCACAUCUAUGGCUACGAGGGGCCAGAGUCCCUGGCUGGUAGCCUCAGUUCCCUGGAUAGUUCCUCUACUGGCUCUAACCUUGACUAUGACUUCUUAAACGACUGGGGCCCUCGCUUCAGAACCCUGGCUGAGCUCUACGGGGUGGAUGGGUCUGAGGGAAGUGGCUCACCAUAUUGAGCACACUGAGCCUAAAGACCAGCAGGCAGGAUGUCUCUCAGCUCUCUCAGCUCUUCCUUUGACUAAAAGCACAUCGGGAUUAACUUCUUCCACUAAUCCGUCCAAUCAUAGCACACUAUGAUAGGGUCCACUCAAGCGUGUGCCAAUUUUAAGUAAUUCUCUCUUCUUCUCGUUCUUUUUCCUCUUCUUCUACCUCUUGUUCCUCCUACUCUUACUUCUCCUUUUUCCACUCCCUUGUUAUUAUUAUUAUUCUAUUAUUAUUUUAAAGAAAUAGUGCUUUUAUUUCCUUUUCUUUCAUUUUAUUUGUUUCUGUCACGUGAAUAUGACGACAAAGGGAAAUAGAUUUGGUGUAAAGAAAACCGUUAACAUUCCACAACUGUGCUUCAUUUAUUUAUUUUACAUUUAUUUGAGGUUUCAGAGGAGAUAAAGAAAAUGUGUUUGAUUUUUUGUCCGAUUACUCUCACAGAAAUCUGUAUUCCUUCAUUUUGAUUGAUUGUGGUUUUUUUUAUGGUUGACUAAACCAACUGUAGCUAUGUAGAGAGGGUGGGUCAUUCAGUGAGUCACAGUGGCAGUUGUCUUUCAGACAGAAUUACCCUUCUCACCAAGAGCUACUAUUGUCCAGGGAGCCCGGCAGGAAACAAUGAUAACAGAAGCUCUGAAAUAAUUAAAGUCUUUCCCCGUGUAUUUGACAGGACUCAUCAACACAUCAAUUGUUGUGGAUAAAGCCCAAGUCUCUGAGGUCCACUGUAACAAAAGUAUUACAACCAACUCAGGAAAUGUGAAGUAGCUCAAUAGUCCUUUGGAUGACCACAAAGUUAUCUGAAUAACUUUAACCUUUCAUCCUAGAGCUACUGCUUCAACAUCCCGCUUCAACAUACUGCUUCAACAUACUGCUUCAAUAUUCUUCUUCAACAACUGCUUCAACAUAUUGCUUCAACAUACUGCUUCAACAUAUUGCUUCAACAUACUGCUUCAACAUAUUGCUUCAACAAACUGCUUCACUAUUCUUCUUCAACAUAUUGCUUCAACAUACUGCUUCACUAUUCUUCUUCAACAUAUUGCUUCAACAUACUGCUUCAACAUCCUACUUCAACAUACUGCUUCAACAUCCUACUUCAACAUACUGUUUCAACAUACUGCUUCAACAUACUGCUUCAACAUCCUACUUCAACAUACCGUUUCAACAUACUGCUUCAACAUACUGCUUCAACAUCCUACUUCAACAUACUGUUUCAACAUACUGCUUCAACAUACUGCUUUAACAUACUGCUUCAAUAUUCUACUUCAACAUAGUGCUUCUGCUCCAUUUGCUGAAACAGCUUAAAAUAAUGAGGGCAAUCUACACAAGAUCAAGUUUAUCACUAUCGCUAUUGUCCUUCUUGACUGAAGACAUAGCAAAAAGAGAGCAAAGGUUUACCCCUGUUUUCAUUAUAUUCCAUUUGAUUUAGAAUGUGGACUGUUUGUUGUAUACUGAAGCUUUGCCUACAUGGGACCACUUCUCAUAAACCAUGGAUACAAUAUGUGGAAGCCAUCUUACCACUUCCCUGUCUGGAUCAUAUACAUGGAGAGCUGGACCCCCAUCCUUUUUAAACACCAGAGUCCGCCCCUACACAUUACCCAAACAAAACACUGGAAUCUGCUUCCUGCACAUAUGUGUGUGAGGAAGCCCUCUUCCUGUCCCGUUAUCUUUUAAAGUAAAGCAACACAUUGCAUCCCGUUUUCCUGUUUUCCUGCCUGGGAAAAACCGCUGGAGAGGGCAAAAUAGAUAUAGAACAAUGUAAGAGCCAUGAUGGCUUUAACAACAAGCAACAUUUAAUUUCUGUGUUGACCAUCUACCAAAGAUCAGUAUGAUGAAACCUCGGCAUACAAUAGAUGCCACUGGUAAACUGUGCUGUAAUGUUAUGUAUCUAGUACUCCAUUUCUAUAUAACAUACCUGAUCUACUUCGUUCCAUGCUAUUAAUGAUCAUUGUCUGCGCACAACUCUAUUCUAUUUCACAAGCUCCUACUGUUAGUGGUGCUCUUCUGUAAACCUUACGGCAAUAAGUAACUUGGCAAUACGGGAUCCAUGUUAUCGAGAUUGUGAGUACUGAAAAUAUAGUUGUCUACGCUGUAUAUAGAAAUGUGCCUGAAUAUUGAUACUGGCCUCACUUCCUUUUGCGUUUUUUCAAAAUUAUUUUACUUGACACUGGUCUUUGUCUGCUGAGUGUAAGUGUAAAAUAUGUAUUUUUUUUUUACACUUGUAGUUUAAUUGAUGUGUAAUUGUGCAUUGAAUGAUGCUAUAUGUGUGAGUCUACCUGUGUAAAUACACUUCAGUGGGUGUCAGUAUUGGGCACCAAAAGGAGAAGAGAAAACAUUCAAAUUCAUUCCUUUUGUAUGCAGCUAGGUCAUUCUGUAGGAGAGCAAUAUGUGCCUUGGUUUAUGAUCAUUCUCUCGAUGGUGAACACAAUCUUUUCUAUGGUUUGUAUUGUGUAAAACAACAACUUUUUAUUUAGUACCAAUUUUGUAUGUGUAAAAUAAACGUAGCACUCAAAAGUCCAAAAA